AAAUGUAUUUAGUUUUUUUCCCCAUAACAUUACGACAUUUAAAAGAGCAUCUCUUUUUUUCUUUAAUAUUUCAAGUCUAUGCAACUAAAAUGGCAUUGUUUUUCUUCAUAAUAUUACAUUGCGUCUGUGUAGGCUCUCAGUCGUACAGGAGUUGUACUCGUGUACGAGUGAGGACCUCAGUAUCUGGCGACACCUUCUUCACAGAAGUACAGAUGACGUCUCAAGAAGCCUUUCCCUCGAUAAUAUUACAACGUUAUUAAUUAUGACUGUUCCUCUUUGGAUUACAAUUUUAUAUUUUAACUUUACUGUGAAAUUACUACUGUGUUUUCCUGUUUAUUUUUUCAAGUUUUCUUGUUAAAUUAUAUUUUUAGAAUUUGCCACAUCCACAAAUGGCCCCCGGGCUGCACUUUGGACAUCCCUGGGUUAGUGUAUUGACAGAGCCUUACUGGUUGCUUCUAUACCAAUAGUUGAUUCAUGGACUUAAAAAAAGUAAUGAAAAUGUAUAGAGAAAUAAAUAAAACCCAAAAAAGUGGUCCAAAAAAGUGUGCUAAUUUUGACAUCUUGGAUGAUGGAUGGAGGCGGUUGAUGUUAUUUGCAUAGUAGCGUUCACAUUUAAAGUUACAAGCGUUCAGCUGUCGUUGACACAAGCACAUGCGCACAAAGGCAGGUGGCUCUUUUAGUUAUGCGGCGACUGUGAGAUCUGACCCUCGCCGCCGUGUCUGCAACCCCUAAUAUAGCCCGCUGCCGUCAGGCUGUUGCACACCCCUCCAGCCCCCAUCAUCUGCUCCCUGCGCCAACAUGUGUGCGUGUUUGUUGACCCACAGGACCGUCUUGGGUUAGCUGCAUGGAGAGCCCGUGUGAAAUAUUGCUGGCAACUUGUGUAAUUUCACAAGUUGCUACGUCUCAGACAGGCCUACAGUACAUUGGUGCAUUGCAGCCCAAGUUGCUGUAUUGUUUAGUGUUGUAACAUCUAAUUCAAUUGCCUGAUUUUGGGGGGGUGUUCUAUAGGAAUGUCCGCUAGUGCUGCUGUUGUGGCUACUGUUCCUUGAUUGCAUUAGAGUUACUAUGGUGCUCCAUGAUAUCUUUGGCCUGGCCUCAAGCCAGAGGCGUGUUUAACACACACACACGCAUGCACGCACACACACACGCACACACACACACACACAGGCUGGGAAAGACACACAGCGAUGCAGUCGCACAUGAGGAGUAUUCAUUUCCAACCUGAUUGGAAGCUGAGACGCUGGACAACCUGCUUUCCUUGUCCAUGCAUACACUUUCUCAGCAUAAAACUUUCCCCGGCACUUUUUUAUUGUUGAUUUUAUUUUCUUUUUAUGAGAAAGCUGUGGAUUCUGCUUGGAUCAUUUGGAUGAACGGCAAUCAGAGCGUUUUUAGAACCAAGCUGAGCUUAAGGCAUGGAAGAAGCGGUGGUUUAUGCUUCGCAGCGGCCGUUUGACAGGUGACCCGGACGUGUUGGAGUAUUACAAGAAUGACCACGCCAAGAAGCCCAUCCGUGUGAUUGACCUCAACUUGUGUGAGCAGGUGGAUGCCGGGCUGACGUUCAACAAGAAAGACUUGGAGCACAGCUUCAUCUUCGACAUCAAGACCAUCGACCGUGUCUUCUACCUGGUGGCUGACACGGAGGAGGAGAUGAAUAAGUGGGUACGCUGCAUCUGCGACAUCUGUGGCUUCAACCCCACCGAUGACGAGGCUGCGAAAGCUGCCCACCAGUCAGCCAUCGGGGGCCUGGUGGUGGACACCCCACCGCACCCGGCGCUCGGUAACAUCGUGGGUCCAGCAGCGGCAGUGCUGUCCAGCGUGCCCCCUCCCUACCAGCCGGUCAGCGUGCGGCAUCUGGACUCCCAGUCCAGCACGGAGGAGCCCCAGGAUUACUUAUGGCUGGUCAACUGCGAGAGCAAAAAGCCUGAACCUAACAGAGCCCACGCAGAGUGUUCCAAGUCUACCUCCUCUGAGACGGACCUGAACGACAACCUCCCCACUCACCGCACACCCACGAGCUCCACCUCCUCGGCCAAGCAUACCUCACACAAUGGCUACUUCCUGCAGCACCCAGCCCCGGCCUCCGCCUCGUCCCUGUACGACUCGCCGCCGUCGCGCGGUGCCUCCCUCUUAAGCGACAACGGCCUCUACCACCUUCCUCGCAGCUACUCUCAGGACACAGUGCUGCUACCCAAGUCGGCCUCCUCCCCUACAAGCCACCUGGAUGGCGGUGGUGGCGACAGCUCGGAGCUUUAUGUCUUCAACACGCCCUCACGGAAAGCCUCUAUGGAAACGCAGAUGCGUAACCGUUCCAUCAGCUAUGACAUCCCACCGACCCCUGGCGCUAACUCUACCUAUCAAGUUCCUCGCACCUUGUCCUCUGCAGGAGUGGGGUGCUCAGAGGGUGAUGUAGUGCCUCCUCCUAGGCCGCCCAAGCCAUCGCUUAGCUCCACCUCGGGACCCCCGCCUCCCCCUGCAGAGCGUUCACCUACAGACAAUUACUUCGUGCCUCGCUCGGCCUCAGAGACCGACGGAAACUACUGUGUGCCUACUAGUGCUGGAAAUAAAGCUUUACGCAGCAACACUAUUGGAACCGUGGACUGCUCGCGCAUCCGCAAAGAUUUCGGCUCCCAGGACUGCUAUGACAUUCCCAGAUCAUUCCCGUCUGACAAGAGUUGCUCGUUCGACUUCAACGAGAGCUUCAACAGCUACUUUAAAAAUAAAGGAAUGAUGCCGGUGGGCAGCCAGUCCACCGAGGAGGUAGACCAGAACUACGUACCCAUGAGUGCCAAUUCCCCGUCCCACCACCACACGGGCAGCUUGUCGGAACCCGUGCACGAAACCAACUACGUGCCCAUGACCCCGAGCACCAUGGAGUUCUCCUCGCUGGGAAAGCAAGUCCCGCCGCCUGCCCACAUGGGCUUCCGUUCCAGCCCCAAGACCCCCCCUCGGAGGCCGCUGCUGAGUGACUGCCAGCCGCCGCCUGUGGACCGGAAUCUCAAACCAGAUCGCAAAGGUCAGAGUCCUAAAGUAAUAAGAGAAAAAGGAGUCGGUUUAGAGCGAACCGACUCCCAAACUGUAGGGGAAUUCCCAAGGGGACGACGUAAGGGAAAACCAGCUCCAUUGGAAAUCAAACCACUGCCAGAAUGGGAGGAGCCAUGCACGCCGGUCCGCUCGCCUGUCACUCGGUCCUUUGCUCGGGAUCUCUCUAGGUUCCCCAUGCCCACCAGACCCCCGUCAGUGCAUAGCACGGCCUCCAGCACUGACUCCGAGGACAGUGAUGAGAAUUAUGUAGCCAUGCUCUCUAAUAUGAAGAACCAGUCAGAUGAACCAAACACAAAGCUGGGCGCUCCGAUGACCGUGGAUGGUGGGAGCAGCCCCAUGGUGAAGCCAAAGGGAGACAAACAGGUGGAGUACCUGGAUUUGGAUCUAGACUCUGGCAAGUCGACUCCACCUCGGAAGAUGAAGAGCAACGGAUCUGGCAUGGCGGCGUCGGACGAGCGCGUCGACUACGUGGUUGUGGACCAGCAACGGACGCAAGCCCUCAAGAGCACCCGGGAGGCGUGGAACGAUGGCCGCCAAUCCACAGAGACGGACACGACAUCCAAAGGAACCAAGUGACCCUAACCCGGGACCCCCCCCUUCUAAACCUCCAAACCACUCCUGUAAUCGAGCCUCUGGCGCUCCGUAGCCACUCGACCAUCUUUGUAGUUUGCACUGCUGGCAGGUUUUUUGGGGCAGCGGCCAGGAAUAAGCAGCAGGACUGGACUGGACUCUUUUUUGGGGGUGGGGGCGGGCGUAAGAGACUUUCUAUGGACCACCACCGAGUCGACAUUUCCUUAAAUGGUGAAAUGACCUUUAACAAGACCACCGUAAUUUGUCAACACCUUACUAGUUAGCAUCGCCGCUGUAUAGCCUGUUAGCACAAGGUCACGUUUUCUCAUCACCACUGAUAUCUUGACGACGGCAGAAAGUGAUUGUGCUUUUUUUUUUCUUUCAUAAAAACAAAGACAGAACUUGUAGGUGUUAACAAGUGUUUAAAGUCUUGAGUUCCAUUGGACGACAAGUGUACAAAAAAGUGUUAUGUGUAUAUAAAACCAGAGGACGCGUCCUUGAGUCGUACGGAUUAUUUAGCAUGUCGGACUGGAAGGUGUGUGGAUUCUGCAGGGUAGAAUCCUGCUUCUGUCUCAGCUGGUUAUUGUGACGAUUGAACGCAUUACUGUGAGCUUUUAGAACGCUUUUUCUAUAAGUUAUGCAAAGGUAUCAAACUUUAAAGCCAGAACGAGAGAGAGCAAGCGAGUGAUGAAAUCAGGUACUUUUUUUUUUCAAAGAAAAUGCAUACUAACUAAGUGUACAACUCACUAUCUAAUUUAUUUUUCAGCCAUUUUGGUCAGUUUGCUUCACGACUUCCAUCAAUUGCUCCUUAUUUCCGCCAUUUUUCGGGAGGGGGAAAGAGACAUUUUUGCAUCUUUUGCCUUACUAACCUGUGAAUUCCCACCUGGAACGUUCUCAAAUGACAUGUGCUGUCAUUGCUGUACAUAUUUUUAUUUGUAUUUUUUUUGCCAUGGAUUUAGAUGAACAUGUAUCAUUUUUGACAAUGUGCCUACUAAAGUCAUCUACUUUUCACUUUCACUUUUUUGUUGUUGCAGUUUCUGCAAAAGUGGACGAUGCUUACUUUUUUUUUUUUUUUUAAUCUUGACAGAAAAUGUAAAAGUGGACUAAAUAAAAUCCCCAAACC